AUGGAUGAGUUCAGCGGAGGGUUGAGACCCACAGACAGGUCUCUUCCAAUAGCCAACAUAUCAAAGAUCAUGAAGAAGCCUAUUCCGAAGGAAGCAAAAGUUGCUAAGGACGCAAAGGAGAUAAUGCAAAAGUCUGCCGGGGAGUUUAUAGCUAUAAUAACAUGCAGAGCUAAGGAAAUAUGCGAGUCCGAGGCCCGGAAGACUGUUACUGGAGAAGAUCUGAUAAGAGCAAUGGAUGAGUUGGACAUGCCUUAUUAUGCCGAGCUUGCCAGGAAGUAUUAUAUUCAGUAUAGAGAGCUUGCUAAAAAUGAAAGGGUUAGGAAGUAUUCCCGAGGUUUUGACUACAGAAAACCGUAA